CCGCCCCGCUGUCGCGGUCCGCCCCGUCUGGUGGGGCGACGAGCCGCAUGGAGGCCGGCUGAGGAGCGCCGCCCCGCCUUGGUUGAAUCCUCCUGGCUUUCGGGGUCCCCUGGAGAGGAAGAUGUCCAGGCCACCAGCUCGGCGCCCUCCUGUGCAGGCUCCACUCUCCCUGGGCCUCUCCCUUUUGCCGCUGUUGCCCCCUUGUGUGGCUGGGAGGGAGCCCUGACCUUGGGGCCACUGGUCAGCCUUACAGGAUGGCGGUGAUGUUGCAGCCAGGAGAGGGCCUGGCACGGUGGGCGGGCAGGCCCCUACCCAGCGCCCUGCAGUGGAGGUCAGUGUGGGGACCCAGCACUGGGUAGAGUCCAGGUUCCAAGAGGGUUGGCCAGGUGUGGUAGGCUUCCAGCUCAGGUGUGAGUUGGCAUGUGCCCUCUACCCCCAUCCUACUCUCGGCCACACCUCCAUAAAGCAGAGCCUGCCAGACCCAGGAGGGUCUCCGGUGGCCAAGGUGCCCAGGCUUCAGAAGUGGGGAUGGAUGUAGGGGGUCAGGGCUUUGGGCCACACCCUGCUGCCUCCCAGUUCUCCGGCCCGCUAGUCUGUCCAGUUUGGAACCCUUGGCUUUGUGAGCAGGCCUAGUGGGUUGGUUGGGAGAUGGUUUUUCUGGGAACUCCAUCAGCUCUGGGUCUGGGAGGCAGUUUCUGGCUUCCUAAUUUUUACAGGGGUGAAUGAGAGAGAAUGGCUGUCUCAUCCUGCUCUGCAAUCAUGACAAAAUACCACUGAAGGGGGCUUAACGGUUUUCUCACAGUUCUGGAGACAGAAAAGUCAAGAUCAAGGUGCUGGCUGAUUUGGUUGCUGGUGAGGGGUCUUUCUUCCCGGCCUCCAGGCAGCUGCCUUCUCACUGUAUCCUCACCGGGCCGCUCUCCCGGGUCUCUUCCGAGGAAGGCUCUGAUCCCAUCCUGGGGCACAGUCUCAUGACCUCACCCAACCCUCACCAUCUCCCAAAGUCCCCGCCUCCUAAUUUCACCCCCACUGGGGUUAGGGCUUCAAACUAUGAGGGGACACAGUUCAGUCCAUAGCUGCUCCUGGAAGGGGACAGCUGCCUGGGCUGGGCAGGCGGGAGCUGUGGCUUGCCACGCAGCCUGCACUCUCUGGUGUCCUCAGGUCUGUCCUGCCAGGGGCACCCAGCAAACCGUUUCCUGUGCUAACACCCCAUCCAGCAAGAGCACCUUGACACGUUCCCUGGGGGUCCCUAAUGCAGGUGGGGCUCUCCCUGCCCUGUGAGCAGGUGCAUUCUCUGGUGAACCCGACAAGAUAGGUCCUCACGGGGGUCAGGGAUUCCCUCGGAUUUGGAGCUCGUUUUCCUAGAAGCGUGUGGGUGUCAUCUGCGUGGAGCCAGAUAAGGGUGGUGUCCCUCUCUGUGGACGAGUCUCCUGAAACCAGGUGGCUGGUUCUCUUCAUGCCCCGGCAGAGGGAAGCGGAGGUGACAUCUCAGUGUGGCACGCCUCGUGCUGCUCGUGGGAUGGCUGGGUGGCUGCUCUAACCACCUCGGCCCUAAAGGCAGGAGCUAAGAGCCUGGCGGGUUGGAACGACUUGCCCGAGGCCGCACCGCGCCAAGCGGCAGCCUGAGAUCUGGCCAACCCUGUAGCCGUGCCCCGCAGCACGGGUGCUGGCAGCCGCCUAGAGGACCGGCCUCGGUGGCCAGGCUCCGGAGGCCUCUCCCACCGCUGAGCCUGGUGCCUCCCCAGGCCGUGCUCCGUAGACAGUCCGGCUCAGCAGUGACACCUGUUGGGGGCGGUGAGCACCUGCACUGGGCAGAAGGGUCUGCUUUGUGCCGGGCUCCCCAGGGUCUCGGCGUUGGUGGCCGCGGCGUGGCCAGGUUGCCGGGCGGAAGCCUGGUUCCGGCCUCCCUGGGGCUGUGCUGGCUGGUGGGAGCUGGGCGCUGGAACCUGGAUUUAGGAGGGGGCACAUCGAUCUCCCCGCGAGGGUGUUAGCCUGGGGUCUGCUGGUCGCUGCAGCCUGUGGUGGUGUGAUGAGCUGCCAUGACCCAUCGUCCAGAGAUUUUGUGGCCAGAAACACAGCGUGCGGGUGUGGGAGAUGGAGGCCGGGCCCAGGGUUCUAUGGCGUUGGGCCCUUUGCUCCCCUCCCGUAAAUAUUUAGAGAGGCUCGGGUCCCAGUCGUAAAUAUUUGAAAGUGCAUCAUGGUGAGUGGGGCUCCCUAGGGGAGGAGGGAUUGAUGACCCACUGAACUUACUGAUACGUCCUACAAGGGUAUCAGCAGGGGCCCUGGCUGAGGUUGCAGGAAACCAGGGUAUUGGGAAGUGUGUGCAUGUGAUAACAUCAGAGAGACGCUUCUCAGAAUCACGGGCUCUUGGCCCUGAAGGGGCCUCGGUGGCCUUCCUGCCUGACCCCUCCCAGGCCAGGCGCCCACCCCGGCGAGCUCGAGGGGACCUGGGUCCUGGUGCUGCGGUUGGUGGCCCAGCCAUCUCGGGGCUCAAGGCUCGUCUGCCCCCUGGGGACAGAGGAUGCGUCUGGCCUGGCCAGGCCAAAUGCAGGGAGGGCAAGGGCAGGGCCGACCCAGACCUGUGACCCCCACCCCUGUGGGAGGGAGGCUGAGGCCUCAGUGGCCCUCCUCUUACCGGCUGUCACACAGGUUUCCCAGGACAGCACUGGAUGCUUCCUUAAGAAGUUUCUCUAGUACUUUGGCAGCCUUGUGUGAAGCGGACCGGGGGGAUGCUCUCCUGGGCCGGCUUGGGAACCUGAGAGGCGGGCGGGCCCCAGCUCGGCCACAGACACAGCUUCCUGUUUCUAUUUCGGUCGGUGCCUUGCAUCAGUGGAGCGCUUUCGUCUGUGAAGUGGGAAGGAGGCGGCCCCGGGAGUGGUGAGGCCGGGUGAGCCGCUGCCCGUGGGGACCGGGCGCCCCCGGAGCUGCUGCUCCUUCCCCGAUGGUGGGGCGCCCGGGGGCCCAGGCCGGGCUCAGACCCCAGAGCCGGCUCCCCUGCCCCGUGCGGAGGCCACGGCUCUGCCUGCCACCCUUCUCCGCUGGCGGGCCUGCCCCCUUUUGGUCCUGAGCCAGUUUCUCUUCCAGACCCUUCCCCCAGCCUCAUUUCUUCCAGAAGGCACAGCCGUCCUGGGAUAGGCUGCCCUGCGCUGAGCCACCUGCCCGAGCCGGUCCUCCCGGCCGCAGGCGAGGAAGCGGAGCUCCCAGCGGGCCGGGAACAGAGCCCGGGUUAGGGUUGGGCUCAGGGUCACGGGGUGCAAGGGGGAAGGAACUUGACCUAGCGUCAUGUUUAUUUAUUAUUUGUUUUUCCUCUUUGUUGUGAAAGUGCAACAGUGAAACUGACAGGCGCCCCAGGGGUGUCCCACUGCCCGCAUGGGGCCUCCCGGCACGUCCCAUCUGUUCACGUGUGACAGACACGGACUCUAAAAACCCACGAUACGGCGCCCACGACUGAAACCAAAUUAGAGUCGUUCCUCACGUGACGGUCUCCAGUCACCUGUCAGGUUCUCCCGCGGGCCCCUCCUGCGGGUGCCAAGCCCCCUGUCCUUUGGCGGCCAGACCCCGGCUCUAAACUCAGAGCUGGAACCAGAGGCUCUGUCAGACUCUGGUUUGAGUUUCCGGCAGGAUUUUAGGAGGUUCGGGUGACGUCCAUGUGGCAGAUGUCCAGGACAACGUGUCCCGGGCCCAGCGCAGAUCUUCUCUCUGGUGAGAACAGCCUUGCUGGGCUCCUGCACCCCGUCUCCCCUCCAGAAGGGACAGCACAAGCGGCUCCCGUGUGACCUCCGGGGCUCGGCUCCUAGCUCAGCUUCUUGGAGUUUGUGCCUCUUUUCUUCAACCAGAAGAAGUCUCGGUUCUCAGUGAGGCCGACACACCUGUGCUGUUCGCCAUCCCUCCCCCUCCUCCUCCUGAGUCUGUGCCGACGCUUGUGUGACGCUGCUGGUGACAUGUAUUGUCACCACAUGUGGCUCCUGAAAGCGGGGCUGCAGCCGCACCGCCUUCCGCGCCAGCCCAGCACACAGGUUCCCUUCUGCCGCCUGGUUUUGUCUUUUUAGGGAAUUUUAUAAAUUGUGUUUUAUUCCAAAGUCAAAAAGGAGGCAUCCAGGUCUGGCCAGCUGCCCCCGCGGGGUAUCCCCCUGCUGGGCGAGCAGGAGGCCGGGCGGCACGUCCUGCCCUUGGGUGACUCAGGCUCACCACCCGGGUGUCCCCACCCUGCUCUCAGCCCCGCACCGCAGAUCCCUAGAUCACCCGUGCCUGGGGCCGAGGUCCUGCCCGCGGAUCAUUCCCGACGGACGCGGCGCCACGGGGCGCUGACCCCUGUGUCUGGCCCCGGGGCUCCAGGUGAAGACGCGGCUCCUGUGUCUCCUCAGGCUUCACUCGUCGCUGCCGGCAGCCGCCGCCCCGCCAUGGAGGGGCAGGAGGAGCAGCCCCCUCGCGAGGCCAACACAGAGCCCAUCGUGACUUCAGGGGGUUCGGAGGUGGUGCCCAGGGUGCUCCCCGGAGAGCCCCAGAACCUGUCCGACGUGGACGCUUUCAACCUGCUCCUGGAGAUGAAGCUGAAGAGGCGGCAAGAGCGGCCCAACCUGCCGCGCACGGUGACCGAGCUGGUGGCCGAGGACGGGAGCCGCGUGUACGUGGUGGGCACGGCCCACUUCAGCGACGACAGCAAGAAGGACGUGGUGAAGACCAUCCGGGAGGUGCAGCCCGACGUGGUGGUGGUGGAGCUGUGCCAGUACCGCGUGUCCAUGCUGAAGAUGGACGAGCGCACGCUGCUGCGUGAGGCCAAGGAGAUCAGCCUGGAGAAGCUGCAGCAGGCCGUCAGGCAGAACGGGGUCAUGUCGGGACUUAUGCAGAUGCUGCUGCUGAAGGUGUCCGCCCACAUCACUGAGCAGCUGGGCAUGGCCCCUGGCGGCGAGUUCAGGGAGGCUUUCAAGGAGGCCAGCAAGGUGCCUUUCUGCAAGUUCCACCUGGGCGACCGGCCUAUCCCCGUCACCUUCAAGAGGGCCAUCGCCGCCCUUUCCUUCUGGCAGAAGAUCAAGCUGGCUUGGGGCCUGUGUUUCCUGUCGGACCCUAUCAGCAAGGAUGACGUGGAGCGGUGCAAGCAGAAAGACCUGCUGGAGCAGAUGAUGGCCGAGAUGAUCGGCGAGUUCCCCGACCUGCACCGCACCAUUGUGUCUGAGCGGGACGUCUACCUGACCUACAUGCUGAGGCAGGCGGCCCGGCGCCUGGAGCUGCCUCGCGCCUCUGACGCCGAGCCCAGGAAGUGCGUCCCCUCCGUGGUGGUGGGCGUCGUGGGCAUGGGCCACGUCCCUGGCAUCGAGAAGAACUGGACCACCGACCUCAACAUCCAGGAGAUAAUGACUGUCCCCCCGCCGUCCAUCUCCAGCAGAGUGUCCUGGCUGGCCGUGAAGGCCACCUUCUUGGGCCUCCUGGGCUACGGCCUGUACUGGAUGGGGCGCCGUGCCAGCAGCCUGGUCUUGUCACUGCCUGCCGCCCAGUACUGCCUGCAGAGGGCCUCCGAGGCCUGGCCACACAAGUAGGAAGGACAGAGGGAGCCACCACGUCCGUCCAGGGGGCUGCCCACAGCUGCUCCUGUGACACGGCCGAGGGGCAUGGGGGGCCGGCCCCCUGAGGAGCUCCUGGGUGCCACCCCCCAUGGGGGUCCAGCCUAGCCUCGCCUGCCCUCUCCCAACCCGCCCAAAUAAAGAAUUAUUUCACUGUCUGAGCUCGGGCUUCCCAGCAGCCCCCCUCCACCCUCUCCCUGCGGGCCGCUAGGAAGUUCACCGGCCCGGGAUGAGCUGGCGGGGGAGGGGUGAGGCGCGGUGGGCCGCAGCCGGCCAGCCCCUACCUCACUGUGCCUUCUCUCCGCGUCGCAGGGGGCGCCUCGCGGGGGUGCCGGGCCAGCACGCUGGCGAAGGGCAGCUUGGCCCGUGCAGCCCUUCGCGUGGCUCCUUGGCGCCCCCUGAGGGGGCGGUGGCCCCGGGUGAGCGCCAGCAACAGCUGUGCCUAUAGAGGUUGUGUGUUUCUGGCUCUUAAAAGCGUCUGAAACUUUUCUACUCAGGUAAUUUUAACUUAAAACAAACUGAAACAAAUGUCAGGAAAUACUAGCCUUAAAUCUGGUUGGGACAGAGAACAUCUUUCUCUUGGAGUCUCGGUCCCAGGAAGACAGGGGUGUGGCGAGGGUCAGUUUCGGCCAUGGGCAACCAGGCUGACCUCCAACCGCUGCCCGUCCGGCUGCCCCCGUGGUCUACCUCCAGCCGUGGGGGGCCCAGGGCCGCCACCGUCUCGGGGUGGAACCUGCCUGGCCCGCGGGCGGUUGAACCUGCUUCCUGUGCAGCUGGUGGUGGGACCUGGGGGUCACCCCGACCCUCAGUGGAUGGGUGGCAGUUGUCCUCCAGGGCCCGCCAGUUUGCGCAGGAACCGCCUUGGGUACAGCCGGGCCCAAGGUCAAGCUGGCCCCACACAGCACUUGACCCCGGUCAUUACCUGUUUGCGUCGUGUCCUGGUCACCUGUUUUCGACGUAGCAUCUGUGCAUCCCGUCAGGGGCCCAGGGCCACGUUUGGUUGUGUCUGUGUUGACUCAGUGUCUAAAUCAGGUGAAACCCACGGCCACAAUCUGGGCCGGGGAGCCUUGGGCUGGGCCAUGUCCUUGUCAUUCACACGCUCGUGUACACGUCCCUUAGAGACUGAAAUAAAAUUUAAUUUUGGAA